AUGCCUAAAUGUUUAUAUUGUAAGAAAGUUUUUAUAAAUCAGCAAGCAUUAGGUAAUCAUGUAAAAAAACAUUUGGAUGAUAGUGAUGAAGAUUUAUCUUUACCAAAUAAAGUGAUUUAUACCAAUUUGGUUAAAAUAACAGAUUUAGGAGAGAUUAAUUCUAAUAUAAACAGCUUUGUUGAAAACCAAAAUCCUAGUGUCUCAUCUUUCAAUUGCAUAAACAACAUUCGAAAUUAUGAAUCACAAGACGUUGAAUUUUUUGAUUAUACCGAUUUUCAAAGCAAUACAUCAGAUGGAUCUAUUGAAGAACAGGUUAUUGAACUUUUUGAUCAAAGUGAUUCUCAAAGUAAUGAUCAUAGUGAUUUUCAAAGUAAUGAUCAUAGUGAUUCUCAAAGUAAUAAUCAUAGUGAUUCUCAAAGCAAUAUAUCUGAUGUACAAUCAGAUUUAUCAGACAUUACAGAU